AUGAAGCCGUGGGUUGUGGGCGCUUGCUUAGUUUCGACAUGGAGUGUCGUGCAAGCACAAACCGUACAAUGGAACGUUGAAAACCAUCGCCAUAUCCCCCAGGGCUUGAGUCGCCGCUCAGAGUCGACUUUUGAAGAGGUUGUUGAGAACAAGAGAUCGGCGGGAGGCUAUUUUUCGGAAAUCGCAGUUGGAAACCCACCUCAAAAUAUCACCCUUCAGCUGGAUACUGGGAGUAGCGAUGUGUGGUUCCCUUGGAGUUCCGCAGAUAUCUGCGAAGACAACUCCAAGGGUGGAUGCCCCUUUGGAAGCUUUAACCCUGACAAGUCGCGUUCAUUUAAGCAUGUCGGCCCCGGCUUGUUCGACAUUACCUUUAUCGACAACAGUUACGCAAAGGGAGACUAUUUUGUCGAUCACUUUGAGUUUGGCGGCGCAGUCAUCAAGAACCUGACCAUGGGACUGGGGGUCGAUACCGACAUCCAUUUUGGACUAAUUGGCAUGGGUUACGCCAGCAAUGAGGCUGUGAGGGAUACUGAGGAUAUUAUUUAUCCAAACCUCCCUGUCGCCAUGUGGCAAGGAGGCUACAUCAGUACCAUCGCUUACAGCUUGUGGCUCAAUGACCUCGAUGCUAGCUCUGGGAACAUUUUGUUUGGGGGUGUCGACACGGCAAAGUUCACUGGAAACCUGACUCGCAUCAAUGUUCUACCAGUACAAGGCCAUUACCUCCACUUCCUCGUCGCCUUGACCUCAGUGGUCGCUCGCAGUCCUAGUGGAACCGACACUCUCACAUCAGAUAGCUUCCCCAUCAAGGCGGUGCUCGAUUCAGGAACCACCCUUACCUAUUUGCCCCAAGAUAUCACGCAUGAGAUCUGGGAGGAGGUCGGCGCCGUGUAUUCAUCCACGUAUGAAGCAGCUGUGUUACCAUGCUCCCGUGGUAAGCACCCGGGAAACUUUACCUUUGGGUUCGCUGGGCCCGAUGGCCCUCGCAUCACUGUGGCCAUGGACGAGUUGGUCCUCGAUCUGAAUGAUGGUCAGCAAACACCAACCUUCGAAUCAGGGGCAUUCGAAGGCGAGUCGAUCUGCUAUUUUGGAAUCCAGAAUGAUUCGAGCACGAUUUCCAUUCUGGGAAACACCUUUCUUCGAUCCGCUUACGUCGUUUAUGAUCUGGUCAACAAUGAGAUCGGAAUCGCGGCGACCGACUUCAAUGCCACCAAGAGCGAAAUCGUUGAAUUUAAAAGCUACGGCGCUACGAUACCGUCUGCAACGGUAGCACCCAAUCAGCGAAGGGCGACUGAGACGCCUGAAGCCACCGAGAACAAGUUCACUGCCGCCGAUGGAUUCCAGAAAACUGAAGGCGAUGAUGAUGAUAAUAACGACGACGACGAUGACAACGCUGCAUCACUCCUGACUCCUUCUGGAACCAACACAGCGCUGGUCGCCGCGGUAGUGAGCUUCAUGCUCAUUGGGGGAGGAACCUUUUCAAUGAAUCUCCUAUAG